AUGGAUUACGAAAUCCCAAUGGAUAUUGCUGCCGACACCUAUCUCCUUGUCCAGAACCUGCAGACACUCUCUCUGUUAGAUGUUCUGGCAACUCCCCUUGCUGAAGUUGAAGAAUCUCUGGAAGAAAUGGCUGCACAUGAAGCUGCUGAACAAGCCGCUGCAGAAAACCUCUCUCCAGCUCACGCCUCCGACAUCAGCCUCGGGCUACCCCGUGUUGGGUGGCUUCAAGCUAAGCUAGGCAAGCCCUUGAAUAAAGGGAGCGCAAGAAUUAUAAUUUCUGGUGUGGAGUACUGCCAUAGAAAUAUGGUGGUUCAUAGUUAUCUUAAGCCAGAGAAUCUGCUUUUGGAUUCCAAAUGCAAUGUUAAGAUUGCUGAUUUUGGCUUGAGCAAUGUCAUGCGGGAUGGCCAUUUCCUGAAAACAAGCUGCGGAAGUCCAAACUAUGCUGCCCCAGAGGUUAUUUCUGGGAAACUAUACGCUGGGCCUGAGGUUGAUGUUUGGAGCUGUGGUGUAAUCUUAUAUGCUCUUCUUUGCGGUACCCUUCCUUUUGAUGAUGAAAACAUUCCUAACCUAUUCAAGAAAAUAAAGGGUGGAAUAUAUACUCUUCCAAGUCAUUUAUCAGCUGGAGCAAGGGAUUUGAUCCCUAGAAUGCUUGUUGUAGACCCAAUGAAGCGAAUGACUUUUCCUGAAAUCCGUCAGCAUCCAUGGUUCCAAGCUCAUCUUCCCCGCUAUUUAGCUGUGCCUCCACCUGAUUCAAUGCAACAGGCAAAAAAGAUUGAUGAAGAUAUUCUUCAGGAAGUAGUGAAGAUGGGAUUUGACAGGAACCAACUGGUUGAGUCUCUUCGCAACAGGAAAACAAAUGAUGGUACUGUUGCAUAUUAUCUGUUGUUGGACAACUGGUUCCGGGUUUCUAGUGGCUAUCUUGGAGCUGAGUUUCUGGAGUCAAUGGAAUGCAAUUUCACACGUAUGCAUCCAGGUGAAGCUGCAUCUUCUGCCAUUGGGCAUCGACUGCCGGGAUAUAUGGAGCAUCAGGGAAUUGGCUUAAGAACCCAAUUCCCUGUUGAGAGGAAAUGGGCUCUUGGACUUCAGUCUCGAGCUCAUCCUCGUGAGAUAAUGACUGAGGUUCUAAAAGCUCUUCGAGCACUGGAGGUGUGUUGGAAAAAAAUUGGUCACUACAACAUGAAGUGCCGAUAUCCUUGCUUUCCAGGCGGUUCUGAAGGCAUGGUCAACAGUGCAGUGCAUGGUAACCAUUACUUUGCGGAUGAAUCUGCAAUUGUUGAGAAUGAUGGGGUUAGUAGGCAAACAAAUGUAGUCAAGUUUGAGUUGCAGCUCUAUAAGACUCGGGAGGAGAAGUAUCUGCUUGAUCUGCAAAGGGUGAACGGACCUCAGUUUCUGUUCUUGGAUCUCUGUGCUGCUUUCCUUGCUCAACUUCGGGUCCUAUGAUGUUGGGUUCAUUCAGGCUGGAGAUUUACCCAGGAAGGGCAUAUGAUGCUUGUGAAUAAUUACGGACAUUGUAUAUUCCGACUGGUGUGAUUUAUAUUUUCAGCUCUUUUCUAAGUCGCAGGCAUGCUUUGAUUCCCUA